ACUUGUACAAACCCAAACAAAAAUAAGGAAACCACCCAGUAAACUUCCCAAGUCUUUCACUGAUGCUGACAAAUCUCCCAAUUAUACAAUCAAAUCAAAAGCAUAAACAAUCAAACCCAACUCGUCAAUUACCAUCAAUUCAACCCACACCAUGUGUUGAAAGGCUUAUCUGAUCAAUUUUCUUUAGUUUUUUAUCCCCAUUUCUCUCUCCUCAUGUGCAAGGUAUCAAUCUCUCUCCCCUGUUCCAUAUUCCUCUGUUUCUUCCCUUGUUUCUGUGAUUAUGGCAAUUCAUCACAGAAAACAACCGCGUUUUGUCAUAAAAUGUCCAGAUUCAGAAUGUUACCAUCCUCCACCUGAUGAUCAGUAUCCUCCUCCUCCUCCUUUCAAAAAACCCCAUCAUUUUUCACCAACUUUUAUCGUCCUGAUCGGUGUUUUUGGUUCUGCUAUCCUUCUAGUUAGCUUUCUCGUAUUUCUUAAGAUGUACUAUUCGAAAAAUUCUCGGAGGCGAAAUCAGGCAAUGUUUGACGAUGAUGAUCAUGAAGAUUUUGUGGAUGAGAAUCAUGGUCCUAUUAUAGAUCAUCCCAUUUGGUACAUCAACACAAUUGGUCUCCAACAGUCCGUGAUCGAUUCGAUUGCAGUGUUUAAAUACAAAAAAGAUCAAGGGUUGAUUGAAGGAACAGACUGCUCUGUUUGCUUGAGUGAGUUUCAAGAGGACGAGACUCUUCGACUUUUGCCAAAGUGUAGUCAUGCUUUUCACAUCCCCUGUAUUGAUGCUUGGUUGAGAUCACAUCAAAACUGCCCAUUGUGUCGUGCUCCGAUAGUCACCGAUGGGAAUAGGGUUGAUCCGAGUGAAUCAGACCCAAAUUUGAAUAAUUUGGGGGGGCCAAGGGAGGCGAACCCGGUAGAGAAUUUAGAGAAUUUUGAUCAGGAGAGUAGUGAAAUUUCAGUUGAAACAGAGAAUUUUGGUGGAUUGCCAAGUGAAGAAAGAACAGUUUCUGAGAUUAUAACAAAAGAUUCGCUGUUUUUCAACAUGAAUAAUUUUGAUUCCCGGGUACUAAGUGAUUUGGCAGAUCAUCGAGCAACAGUAGAGAAUGAAUUGCAACCAGUGAGAAGAUCAAUUUCAAUGGAUGAGUUAUCUGCUUCAAAGAUUUAUGUUGCUCUGGCUAACAUUCCUCAGGUGGGACUUGAAGGGUGUUCGAGUACACGAUCAGUACAAUUGAAAAAACCCAAUUCAGACAAGGUUGUUUCUAAGGGAGUGAAUAAGAAUUCAAGCAUGUCUAGAUUGAAGAAGAGUUGUUCGGUAGACUGUUCUUUGCAAAUGGGGCAUGUUGCAAUGAAGAGGUCAUUUUCGUCCGGUGGAAAGUUUGACUCACCCAGGAGGUACACCAGAAGCCAGGACUCAAUGAUACCAUUGUGAAGAACAUGAAAUGUAUUGUUUGCUCAAUUUUUUUGACAUUUAAAGGUCAAAUUGAGGCUGGUUUUGGAAGAGCUGAUUUGGGAAGAUGGCUCUCGAAAUUGCAAAAUGGUCCGAGUGUGUGUGCAGGGUUUCGUUCUCUAUCCCCAACAAGGAACUGGCCAAUUGGGGUUUUCUUGUAAGGUGUUCAAGUUGGGAUGUGGUGUAAGGUUUCUUGAGGUGUAUUUUCACCGCAGAAAUCACUAAAUUUUAUCGCAUUUUUGCUUUCACUUUGUUAUUUUUCCUUGCAAAAUAAAUGCUCUUUUGGGUUGGUUAUAAUAAUUUAUGCUUGUUCACAGUGUCUGAUAUUCAGUGAACUACGGACAGUUCUAGUGCACCAAGGGCUAGAUGUAUGUAGUCUUAUCCAAGUAUGGAAAGGUUGUUUGCUUGUCAUUUGAUAAAAUCUCUGUAUAUUGUUUACUGCUCUGUAAAGAUGUGAACAAUAGUGUUUGUAGCUUGCUGAAUUGAUAUAAAUCACCAGAAUGUAUGUAUUAUUUAUAAAUGAAUUUUGUUCUCC